AGUAUGUCUCCUGGUGUUCUCGGUACAAUAUGGCGGCGAGCCGUUUGCGUGGCCUCCAAAAGUUGUUAUUUCGACAGCCUUCGUUCUGUUUUUCAUCAUUGAGACCCAUACACACAGGAAGCAUGAAUCUGGGAAAUCUUGAAAAAGAAUUUCAGGCUGCAAGUGAAAGGUCAAAGACCCUCAAGCAGGACCCAGGAAAUGAGCACAAACUAAAGUUGUACGCCUUGUUCAAACAGGGUAGUAUUGGAAAGUGCAAUUCCCCUAAGCCUGGAGCAUUUGACUUUGUUGGAAAAGCGAAGUGGUCAGCUUGGAAUGAUCUAGGUGAUCUUUCAAAGGAUGAUGCACAACAGAAGUACAUAGAUUAUGUCAAAGACCUGGAAGCUGAAUUUGGCAGUACCGAUGAAGCAUCCAAGACUUCAACUUCAGGUGAUAUCCCAGCAACUGAUGCGGGAAGUAAAUACAAGGAACUGGUUGUGACGUUAGAAAAUGGAGUGCAGACAAUACGAAUGAAUAGGCCAACAAAAUAUAAUGCAAUAACCUGGGAGAUGUACCAUGAAUUUAUGACUGCAUUGGAUGAAGCUGGGAAAAAUGAUGCUUGUGUUGUUGCCAUGGUAACUGGAACAGGCGAUUAUUAUUGCAGUGGCAAUGACCUGAGCAACUUUACAAGGAUUCCACCAGAGGGACCACAAAAGAUGGCUAGUGACGCAAGGCAAAUCUUAAAGAAGUUUGUAGCACACUUCAUAGACUUCCCUAAGCCUCUGAUUGCUGCAGUAAAUGGACCUGCAGUGGGAAUAUCAGUAACAAUUAUGUGUCUGUUUGAUAUGGUCUAUGCCUCAGACAAAGCUACAUUUCACACCCCGUUUAUGGAGCUGGGACAGAGCCCUGAAGGAUGUUCCUCAUUUAUGUUCCCUAGGAUAAUGGGACCUGCUAAGGCCAGUGAGAUGCUUUUUGCAGGACGCAAACUAACAGCAGUUGAAGCACAUGACUGUGGUCUAGUUACCGCUGUUUUCCCUCACAACAAGCUCAUGGAGGAAGUUCAAAACAGAGUACAGGCAAUGGCUAAGCUUCCACCCAAGUCUUUGCGAUUGUCCAAGCAGUUAGUACGUGACACAUUCCGUGAUAUGCUACAUGACGCCAACGAAAAGGAGGCUGCUUUGCUGGAAGAACGCUGGUUAUCGGAAGAAUGCAUGCAGGCUAUUAUGACGUUUAUGCAGAGAAAAUCCAAACUAUGAGUUACGGCUUCUUACUGCAUUUCAACAUUCUUUUUACUUAUAUAGUGCAUAUAAACCUAAUUAAUGAGGAAACAGUUGUGAUGCAGACGAUCUUCAAGUUUUUUACUUGUAUUCCAUCACAACUUUAGAACUCCCAGUCUAAACUUAUACAUACGAUUUGUACUGGUUAUGUUUAUUCCAAAAAAAAAAUUAAAAUGGCCCAUGAAACGUUUCAAAA